AUGGGGAGCCUGCCCAGCCGGGAGAAGACACUCAGCAUGCCACAAGUGGCUGCCAGCACCAUGCAGGCCCCACUGCUCAUGCAGGCAGUUCCCAGUGACUUCCUGGCCCCGGCCCUCUGUGACUUCCCCUCCUGUGGUGUGGGGGCAGCUGCUGUCCUGAGGAUGGGGGGGCAGCUCUGUGUCCUCUCUCAGGACAGGGAGUGGUGGCAUGUGGCAUCUGAGGUGUCUGGCAAGGAGUGCCAUAUCCCCAGCAGCUGUGUGGCCAAGGUCUCUGGGAAAAGUCUAUGGCUGUAUGAAGGCAUCAACCAGCAGAAGGCAAAGGAGCUGCUGCUCCAGCUGGGCAACUGCAGCAGCACCUUCCUGAUCUGGGAGAGCCAGAGCAGGCAAGGCUGCUACUCGCUGUCGGUGCGGCGCGGCGGCGGCUGGGGCUCGCUGUCUCAUUACCGCAUCCAGCAGCUGGACAACGGCUGGGUGUACAUCGCGCCGAGCCUCCCUUUCGCCAGCCUGCAGCGCCUGGUCCAGCACUACUCAGAGCUCGGGGAAGGGCUGUGCUUCUUGCUCGAGGAGCCCUGAGCCAUGGACGGGCCGAAGCUGGCCCUGCUCGCUGCCAGGCCCGCGGUCGUGAAGCAGCCUUCACUCAAGUGGGAUCAGAUCAACAGCUUCCUCCUUCUUUUGGCGUCCACGGCCCCGCUGGACGAGGACUCCCCAGUCAGCCUGGGUCUGCGGGAAUCCAUCAGCUCCUACCUGCUCCUAGCUGAGACGAACGGCCCUGAGCUGAACCCUGCAGGAAAGGGGGCAAAGAACAGCUGA